CAUAAUGAACUUGUUGCUGUGUUGAUUUGGUUUGGAGGAGUUGUUUUUCCACCCACUUGUUGCGUGGACUUUGACGAAUGUCUGAGAAUAUAUUUGAGUUAUCAUCGACAUAAGAGAAGUGUCAAAGAGGAGCAGAGGAAUAACUUCAUAGAAAAAGCAUGAGCACACCAUCUUCCGGUCGGAAGACCCCAGUGGAUUGUGGUGUCCAGAUCCGCUUCAUCAAUGACCUCUAUGAAACUGGCGGGAGUCAGCCUGGGCCCCAGCCCAAGACCAAGACUCCCACCUCCAAGUACGGUGUGGCAGUCAGGGUGCAGGGUAUUGCUGGCCAGCCAUAUGUGGUCCUGAAGGACGGAAAGAAAGGAGAUUCCUAUGGGGUCCAGCUCAGGACCCAAUACCCCUCUGGUCACACCAGCCUACCCCGUAGGAGAGAGAAGGCAGAGUCGGGAACGCAGGGGGGAGAUGUAGAAGGAGGAAGAGGGCAGGGAGGUGCACUACGCCGGGCCCAGUCCCAUGGCUCGCUACUGGACAGGGAUGGAGAGGGAGGGGCAGGUAAUGAGGACUUUCAGCUGUCUAGGCCACCAGGGGAUGGGAAGUCUGGUAGUUAUGGGAAUCUGGAUGGGGGAAUCGGAGUAAGAGGGGAGAAGGAGCAGGUUUGGCAUGUCGGCGGUAGAGAAGGCGACAUGGAAAGUAAUAUGUGGGGUGGUUCGUACAAAGCAGGGCUCAACGGGUCAAUGAGGAUCAGUCAGUCCUACUCUGACCCUCCUCAACAAACAAAUGAGCUUCACCCUAAUCAGAGACAAACUCCUGUCAACAGACUAAUAAACAGGUUUGACGUUGGUAACACUGGAGGCCAACAGAGAGGACUCGCUUCUGCACACCAAGAUCCCAGAGCUACAUCUCCUCUCCUCACCCACAACACCUACACCUCACCUCUGCCCUCAAGUCACAGCAGCUUGGGACCCAACCAGGCUACAGUUGCCACAUUUCCUGGACACCCCGCGAAUCAGUGGACUUCGCCAGGGAGAUAUGCCGCUGUGGAGACGCAGGAGGCCAGUCUGACUGAAGCAAAAGUGACUCCUGACCUUUUGCUGGACCAGGGUCAGAGUGCAGAGAUGAGCAGUGAGGAGGAGCAAGUCAUGCAGACUAUAUACAACAUCCUGAGACAAGGUACCAACGAGAGUGAUGUUGUCAUCAAGCACAAAGUCAAGGUCAUCUUUCAGAAAAUUCAGAAUCUAAAGCCCAAAGAAAGACCCCAUGAAGAGUGGGUGAGGGAAAAGAGGGAGCUUGAAAGAAAGAUAGCUGAACUACAAACUGCCCUUCAGGAGGAAAGAAGGGACUCUGUAAGUAAUUCUGAUCCUGCUCUGAAAGCUGAGCUGGAGUCCUGUCUGGAUGAAAAUCUGCAGCUCCAGGAGAUGCUGGACCGGAAGAAGAAAGAAUUAAAUGACACACAAUCAGAGCUGACUCAGCUGCGUAUGGAUAGGGAGAACGCAGAGGCACGGGUCAGAGAAAUAGAGGACCAUCUGGCUGAGCUUCAGGAAGAACUGAGAAGAGAGAAUGGCAACAAGACGGACCUGAUGUCUUAUCAGACACAGCUGAUGGAGGUAUGCCAGCUGAAACAGAAGCUGGAGGAGACGCUGAGACAGAGAGAGAGGGAGCUAACAGCUCUCAAAGGAGCUCUGAAGGAGGAGGUGGCCUCACAUGACAAAGAGAUCGAGGUGCUCCGAGAGCAGUACAGUGCUGACAUGGAGAAGCUCCGCAGCAGCAUGGAGCAGGUGUCUCAGUCUCACGCAGGGAUCGAGGCAGAGCGGUUGCGUGUAAAUGCGUCAGUUCGCUCCCUGCAGCAGCAGUUGGAAGACUGUAGAGACGAGAGCAGCCACUGGAUGGAGCAGUUCCACACCACCAGAGAUGAGCUUCGAACAACCAAACAAGAAGAGCCACCCAGCUGCCCUGAAACACUACUCCUGCAAACCCGUCUGGAAAAAGAGGAUUUUGAGGAGGAACUAAAGGAGCUCCAGGAGAAAGUGAGCACCAUGAAACACCAGCUACCUGACCCUAACCACACACAGACUCUCAACCAGGAACUUCAGCGAUGCAGUGCUGAUCUACAGAAGGCCAAGUCUGAGUUGGAGAAGCAGAGGACGGAGUUUGACAAGAAGGUCAUGGAGGUCAUCUCCAUAAAGAAAUCUCACCAGAACCAGGAGGCAGAACUGAAGUAUGAGAUUGACAGGCUAAAGGACCAGUUACAAAGGGCCAGAGAGGAUUGUGCCAAAGCACAGGACAAAAACAAACGGCUCCCAGACCCAGCCAUCAUCUCAGAGCUGGAGCAGAAGCUUGACGAGACACGUAGUGAAGCUAGCCGGCUCAAAGAGACACUUUCAUUAGCUGAGGAGGAACUGGAGGCCAGUAAAACACGUCUCAGUAGAGCUCAGAUGGACGUUAAAUCUUUGCAAGAUGCCAAGCAAGAGCAGGAGGAAGCCAACACACGUCUGAAAGACAAACUGUCACGGUUAGAGUCUCAGCUGCAGGCCAGCGCUACAGAGAGUUCAGAGGCAGAGCUCACCCUCCACACUGAGGUGAGAGGGCUGAGAGCUGAGCUAGAUGAGGCCAAGAGAAAGGCUUCCAGACUGAGCCAGGAGCACAGUGAACUUAGCCUGCGUCUGGAGGAUACGGAGAAAGACAAAGAGACACUCAAACAGACCAUCAGCCAGCUGGAAGAGACCAAACGACAGCAGGAGAGAGCUCUGGAGAAACUCAACAAGGAUUAUGAAUCUCUGACCGUGUCCUCAAGAGAGGAGGCGCAGGCUCUCAGGGUUCAGCAGGAGGAGCAGAGAGAGAGAGCACGCAAGGAAAUGCAGGAGGCGCAACGCCACGGAAACAACGCUCAGAGUGAACUGGAAAGAAGUCAUACAAAUCUAAGGAGACUGGAGGAAGAAAUGUCACGACAGAAGAAGGAGCUUCUGCUUGUGUGCGAGGAAAGAGACAACCACCAGCUGGAUAAAGAGCUUCUCACCAACAGAUUGCGCCACCUUGAGGGAGAGAUAGAGGCCAGCAAAAACAGCCACAAUGAGAAAACCCGGGAUAUUCGCAUCCUGGAGGACAAGCUGAAGCGUUUGGAGUUAGAGCUGGAUGAGGAGAAAAACAGUGUGGAGAUGCUGACAGACCGAGUGGCCAGGAGCAGAGACCAAAUUGAUCAGCUCCGCUCUGAGCUCAUGCAGGAGAGAUCUUCUAAGCAGGACCUGGAGCUGGACAAGAACGCAAUGGAGAGACAUCUGAAGGAGCUGAGGAGUCGUGUGGCUGACAUGGAGGGCCAGUCUCGCUCCUCAGCAGGAGUCUCUCAGCUGGAGAACAAGAUCCAAGAGCUGGAAGAUCGCCUACGGAAUGAGGAAAGGGAGAAGACCUCUCUGUUGGCGUCUCAGCGACGUCUGGAGAGGAAACUGAAAGAACUCAACAUGACGCUGGAUGAGGAGAGACAAACGCACACUGAACAGAGAGACCAGCUUGCUCUGAGAGUGAAGGCUCUCAAGAGGCAAGUGGACGAAGGAGAGACAGAGCUGGAAAGGAUAGAUGGAAUGAGGAGAAAGGCUCAGAGAGACAUGGAGGAGCAGAUGGAGCUCAAAGAGGCCUUGCAGAACAGAGUCACAGCACUGGAAACUGAUCUCAAGAGAAAAACCCAGGCAGCAAUGCGUCCACUUUUGGAUUCAUCGGUCCUCAGCUCAGAUGACGAUGACAGCGUGUAUGAUCCCUCCACUAUCACCUCCAUCCUCACGGAGAGCAACCUCCAGACCAGCUCCUGUUAAAACAGCACUUCAAGGACAGGAUGAGGGUGGGAAAACAUAGCACUGUUUAGGAAAGAAUGGAAGGAAGUGUAGUUUAGCUGCUUUGUCGACUUGGAGUAAAGGCAAAAUACAGAACGGUAUGCAUUACAGAUAAUGAGGGAGGGGCACAAAGACCUGGGAGGUAAAUUACAUAUUAGAGAGAUUAGUAGGGGAAUGAUUUUCCGCAUCAGAGUGAAUGGAAGGAAAUGGAACAACCUUUGCAUUUCGGGGAAUUUCCUGCAGACUAUAAUGUACAGAGAUGUAGUCCAUGGUACAGUUGGAAGGACUAGCAAACACAGACAAGGUACUCCACUGUACAAAAACUCACAACCGCACAAAGUCGGUACCUGAAUUUCAUGGAGAGAAAUGAAGCUAUAACCACAAAAGAAAAUACCUCUUGUGUUUUUUAGUUCAAGUUUGUCAAACCAUUUCAGGGUUGAGAUUCUGGGUCAAGCACUUACGGUACCAAGUCUGGCAUUGACUGAAUAAUCAAAACUGUAGCACAGCUGUCCACUGACUGAACUCAAGAAUUCUGUACCUCGGCAUGCACAAAUAUUAAGUAGAGCUACUGCAGAACAUGGACCAUAUGCUGACACUGAGUGCAUUUGUGUUUGAAAGAGAAACUUUAAGCAAUAUAACACUAUCAUUCCUCUGCUGGUGAUCUGUAAGUUAAUUUGCCUAACCAAAUCUAAUGUUUUAAGAUCUGCAAACGAUUCUUAUUGAAUGAAAUCUUGAGUUUGUUUACAUAAAACAAAAAAUAUUUUCAAAUCUUUUUGUAUGGAAUGCACGAGGAUAGUUUGGGACAGGAGUUUAUUCCAUUGUCCAGUUUUUAAUGUUGGUACACAAACUAUGUUUCCUCAAUUAUAAAAUAUGGCAAAGUAUUACACAAAUAGCAUCUCAAAUGGAUUCUCCUGGACAGGGACACAAUAUUAAAUACUAUAAAUAUGACAGCAAUGUCAUGUUGGUUCAAAGGUUUGUUGUCUCUAGUCACUGUAUCUGAAGCAGUUUCCUGGUAAAGGUAUGAAAGACGUUUUGCUUUUGUGGUUUAUAACAAAGGUCACUGCUCAUAAGAUGACAUUAAUUUGUCAGAGUAUCACACGCAAUAUCAAAGCAAAAUUAUGGCCAAAAUAUCUUCCUGUCUGAUAAAAAACUGUACAUGUUUAUUUGUUGAAGCUGCACAAUUUCUAUGCAUUCUCUUAUAGCAAGCCACUGAAAUAUAUUUUCAUCAUUUCAAUGCCUUAAAAUUGUUAAAAAUAUUUUGUAAUUGACUUGUAAUUGGUUUCUGAAUGACUUUUCAUCUAAAGUAUUUGUAUUUAACAUUUUUAGUUGAUUUUUGAAUAGAGUUUGAGCAAUCAGUUGGUGCCGUAAUUUUAUUACAUAUUGCUGCACAGUUAUGUGUUCUCCUUAUCUUUUCAGUGAAACUGGAAAACGGUAUUUAGUGAUUUGUUAGAUUUUUAAGAUCCUGUUAUAUACUGUAAUUGUUGGCUGAAAAACAUUUCACACUGUGACUGUACUUGACAAAAAUCUUUUUUUCUAUUACAUACUGUAAUAACUAUAGCAAAAAAUAAACCUUAAAUUGUUAUAUUAUAGUAAUAGUUAAAUUGA